AUGGCGAGACCAAACGAAAUAGACGAACCCUUCUCAAAUCUGGCCCUGGACCCCUCAUCACCACCUCUCCCACUCCUAAUCAAACCCUCAAAGUCACCUCUCCGCACUCUCUUCACCCGCAAGUCCCCUCCCCCUCUUCAAGCCACUCCCCUCUCCUAUACCCCCCUCAAACAAAAUGAAAUACGCCUCGUCAACCUUCAAGCGGGGCCUCCUUCAACCCCAGUAACCCUCACAACCGAAACAACACCCCUCUCAUCAGCAGGAUACACAGCCCUCUCCUACGUCUGGGGCAGUCCCUCUGACACCCUCGCCAUCUACGUCGACAACCACGUCUUCCAAGCCACAAGAAACCUCCACUCCGCCCUUCAGCACAUCCGCCUCUUCCUGAAGCCAUCGCAGGUUAUCCCGCUAUGGAUAGACGCCAUAUCGAUAAACCAGGCAGAUACAACAGAACGAAGCCAUCAGGUCUCACAGAUGCGGGAGAUUUAUACUUCAGCAGACCUAGUCUUGACUUGGCUCGAUCCGGAUCUCGCCCCGGGGCUGACGUACCUCCGCGAACUAGGCGACCACGCGCUCGCCGUCUCUCAAAACAGUAAAGGACCGCCGAAACUUCUUCCCAGCCACGUUAAGGACCGGUAUACAACAAUGCGUGAGACUGUCAGAGUCUUUCAGUCAACCUACUGGAACCAAGUCUGGACGGUGCAGGAGUAUACCGCUCCCACUGACUUCGGGGUCUUCCUCUCCGGCACGGCAUGGGUAGAUCGUACUGCCUUCCUGCCCGCCACGAUCCUCUAUACGCAAGCAUUGAACUGGCUCAGGGAUGACUUGCGGAGACGGGGCGCGGAUGCCUCGUUUGUGGAUGCCACGCUCGCGAGGGUGAAGAAAGUUGUUCAUGAUCUCAAGAUGAGCUAUGCGCGGAUGGCGGCUUCUAACGAAAGUGACGGAUCGUCCGGCGGGAUGAAAGCCGCUUUUGCGUCUGAGAAGAUCCAUCAGGUUGAACCAAGCCAUGGGAAAAAACCAGGGGUCCACAGAUUCAAUCUCAUCAGCCUCCUCUUACGAUUCCGCGAUCUUCAGGCAACGGACCCGCGAGAUCGCAUCUAUGCGCCGCUGAAAUGA